CUAACGUUUAGCCAAUCAGCGCUCGGAUCGCUCGUAUAACUUUGUCCUGGUGAGCGAGCUCCUAUUGUUUUGCGCUUUGUAUCUCCGCUGUCAGUGUCUUCUUUUGCUGUGAUCGCACGAUGAAAGGGCCCACUCGUGUGCAGUUAUGCACCGGAGCGCAGAUGCCCAUUGUGGGGCUGGGUACGUGGAAGUCCCCCCCUGGCAAAGUGAAAGAAGCUGUGGAAAAGGCCAUAGAUGUGGGCUAUAGACACGUUGACUGUGCCUAUGUGUAUCAGAAUGAGAACGAGGUGGGAGAGGGCAUCCACAAGAAAAUUAAAGAGGGGGUGGUGAAGAGAGAGGACCUCUUUGUCGUAAGCAAGCUGUGGUCAACUUUUCACGAGAAGUCCCUAGUGAGGGAGGCUCUUCAGAAGACUCUCUCUGCACUGAAGCUGGAUUAUUUGGAUCUCUAUCUUAUGCAUUCACCAGCUGGGUUAAAGGCUGGUGACGAGUUAUAUCCCUUUGAUGAGCAAGGCAUAGCGAUUCCAAGUGAUGUACAUUUCUUGGAUACAUGGGAGGGCAUGGAAGAGCUGGUGGAUGCUGGGUUAGUGAAAGCCAUUGGUAUUUCAAACUUUAACCAUGAUCAGAUUGAGCAGGUGCUGAACAAGCCUGGGUUAAAACACAAACCAGCGGUUAACCAGAUUGAAUGCCACCCUUAUCUGACUCAGAAGAAGCUAGUAGAUUACUGCCAAUCUAAAGGAAUUGUGAUCACUGCAUACAGCCCUCUGGGUUCCCCAGACCGUCCUUGGGCCAAACCAGAAGAUCCAUCUCUUCUCGACGAUCCAAAAAUUAAAGUGAUAGCUGUAAAGCACAAGAAAACUUCAGCCCAGGUUCUGAUCCGUUUCCACAUCCAGAGGAAUAUUGUUGUCAUCCCAAAAUCUAUAACUCCAGAGAGAAUCAAGGAGAAUUUCCAGGUGUUUGACUUUGAACUGUCCCCUGAAGAAAUGGAAACAAUCUUUAGUUUUGAGAGAGGAUGGAGGGCAUGUGGCUGGGUAUUUGCCGCAAAACACAAAGAUUAUCCGUUUAAUGCAGAAUAUUGAGCAAGAUUUUCAGCACCUUUGUGGAUAUCUUUAUUGCUUCCAUAAUAUAUGUAUGUUAAACUAACGACUAUAACCUGCCAGUGAGCAGUUAAUGUAUUAGACAUUUCAAAGCUGAGCAAGUGCCAAUGUCAAAAUGCGUCAACGCUGCCAUAUAAAUAUUUCCGUUACUAACCUUUUUGUGUUCACAUGAGAAAAGUCACUACUAUCACCAGUAAAUUGUACAUAACACCUGUGUUCAACUCCAUCCUUUAAUUAAUCCCUUAAUAAACUGUAUUUUAGUACUGUUAAAGGGACAUAAAUUAAUUCUCCACAAAAUGCAUUGUGGCGUACAUUUAUUUGUUUUGCUUGCUUUUGCUAUAAAACGUUCUCACAUAAAUAAAUUCUGUAACCUAAAUAUGACGUCAAUUGCUUUAACCCAUUACGUAUCUUAUGUCCCUUGGUUGUGGUCCAUUAGAACCAUUCUUCAUUUGCAGCUAUUCCUAUUUCCAGUUUAAUAAAGCACUCCUGAAACACAAACACUAA